GGAAGUUUUGAGGAUUUUCAAUAAGGAAAUAUGAAAUUUUAGAGCGCUUGCCAAGGAAUUCUAUUUAUUCUGCAUGAUCUUUUGAACUGUAGUUCUGUUGAAGCGCACUACGGCAAAAAUGUGGAAAUUAUCGCUCGCAUUUCUGCUGUUUUAUGCAGCAAUAACUACAGGCAAAUCCGUAGAACCCGUGCCGCCAUACGAAGAGGCGUUUCAAGCGCGUGAAGAGUACAGUUUACCAACGCUGCCGUACAACUACAGUGAUUUGGAACCGCACAUCGACGAAGAAACGGUCAGGGUGCAUUAUUUGCGUCACCACGCUGCAUAUACAGCGCAGUUGAACCAUGUUUUGCAAGUUUGGAGAAAUUCAAGCGUAAGUAAAAUGUGAUGUUUAGUUAGGGCUUUUGUAAAGUAGGAAAAUUUUGAUGCAUGACUGACCAAGUCUGAUAAAUGUCAACAAUGGUACUAUUGUCAUAUUUUAUAGUGACACGCCACCUAGAAAUCUCCAAUUCUAUACCGCCUUAGUCUAGCCUUCAGUUAUCAUUUUUGAGUAUUUUUGAUGGUAUUCUGUAUGUAUUAUCUAAUCAUAUGAGCAUUUUUUCAAAAAAUCUGAGAUAAUGAAUCACACACAACAUAUAUAUGAUUAUAUAUUUUGAAGAUUAUACAUGCUCCAGUGUUUGGAGCACGAUGUUAGAGAUCAGGGGUUAAACUCAAACCAAAUCUCCAAGGUGCUCAAAGCACUCAAGAGGGCCCCCUAUACUUUUGCGUGAAGCGUGAAGGGCUUAUUUUACUUAGCCGUGAAACGUGAUCGGGCCCCCUAUACUUUUUGUGUGAAGGGCUUAUUUUACUUAGCCGUGAAACGUGAUCGAUGAUUCUCUUAAUCCGUGACUUGUGAAAAGGCAAAAUAUUUUUACGUGAAAGCAUAUUGUGAAGAGGUAUAGGGGGCCCUCACUCAAUACUGAAUUGAAAGCUUUCGCAGGAAGUACAUGGUCCAGUUGAAUGAAGAGUGUAUUGAAGUCUAUUGAAUCCGGCUAGUCGUUGUUACGGGUUCAAACCCAAUGUCGGAUGCAGAACAGUUUCUUGGUCUUAAUUAAAUGUUCAGGUUUUAAUAAGCAUGCUUGCUUUGCUGUAGGAAGAAGGAAAAGAACUUGCUUCGAAGUCACUUGUGGAGAUACUGACGAAAAUUAAUGAAGUCCCAGAGAAAUAUCAACACCACGUUAGGAAUGUCGGAGGGGGGUAAGUGUGGUCAAUGCCAUGCGAGGGAGGGGUCUGUUGUAUCAAGCACAAGAGUGGUAAAUUACUCUGCUGCUUUUGUUAAGCAAAAUUAUAAGGAGUGAUCAACUGUCCUCAAAACUAAUUGUUGAGGUGCGUGCAUUCUUAGACCUGACCAGGGCAGUUGUGAAAAAUGCAACUAUAGUUCCUCUGGCAGGAAUUGAACCUGCAGCCCUGCAAUUCCGGUGCAGCCGUCUAUAAACCAACUGAGCUACAGAGUCCAGUUGUCAAGCUCUAACCACAAGUUCAUGUAUAUAUACUAAGGUGAUGUAACCACUUUGCUAGCUGAUAUAUAACUAUAAAUUAUUUUUUCUUGCGGUCCGAAGUCGUAUUUUACGCUUUUCUGCAAUCUGAUUGGCUAUGUGAGCGGUCCGUAUGAGCCCGUACGGACCGCGCAAGAUUUAAAGCCGUAGCGCCAAUGUUUUUAUUUUUCAAAAUUUAAAGACGAGUUUAAAGGCUACUUUUUAAAACAUUAAAAUGUCUGCAGACGAUGAAGAACACUGUGAAAGCGAAUUUUACUAUCCCACAAAAGAUGUUACUCUUCCCGAUAGCAUUGAUAGAAACGACGUUUUAUUUGGCAGCUUCAUUCGCGUGCGGGAGGAGUGAUUGGGGGAAAUCCAGAGGAGGAAUUAAAAAAAUUAAAAUAUUAUUUACCGGUAUGGUCGGUCCGUAUAGAGAAAUAUUUCUCUGUCUUAAAAACGUCCCUCGGCCUUCGGCCUCGGGCCGUUUUUAAGACCUCGAGAAAUAUUUCUCUAUACGGACCUCCCAUCCGAUAAAGAACAUAUAUAUAUUUCUAUAUUUAGGUAUUUCAACCAUGCUCUAUAUUGGGCUACGCUUACUCCUAAUCCGACCAGCGAAGACCGAGAACCAGGUCCACUGACAGACCACCUUAUCUACAGUACAUUUGAAAACAAGGAACGCUUACGGAAGUGGAUAGUACACGAAGCAUUAGACAUCUUUGGUUCAGGUAACCUGUGGCUAUGCGUGGAUCCAAAACUACCCAAGCACAUCACCAUUUACUCCUUAGCAAACCAAGACACCCCUUUCUCUCAUGGUUUGUUCCCCAUUCUGUUGGUCGACGUAUGGGAACAUGCAUACUACCUGAAGCACCACAACAAGAGGGUAGACUAUCUCGAUGCUUGGUGGAAUUUAGUAAAUUGGAAGACUGUUGAAGAUCUGAUCAAACGAUAUGGUGUCAACCAAUUUCACGAUGAACUAUAAAACGUUUUAAAGCCUUAUUUAAACUUAUAGAUAGGAAACCUCUUUGUAGUGCAGUAGCGAAACAUUGAAUAUUUAAAAUAAAAGGUAGAAUCAUUGCCAAUUUUUGAA